AUGCAAUCGAUCAAUUAUAUAGAUCUUUUACGUGGUCGAUGUCAAAACUUACCAGAUGUUCGAUCGAAAGUCGUUCGUGUCUUUCUCAGUUCAACAUUUUCAGAUACAUUAAGUGAACGUGACUCGUUAAUUGACACUGUUUUUCCUAAACUCAAAGAUUAUUGUCGUGAAAAAUACGGUCUCGAAUUUCAGUAUGCUGAUAUGCGUUGGGGAAUUCAAAUACAAUCAAAUGAUAAUCAUACUGAAGUUGAAACAUGUCUAAAUGAAAUUGAAAUAUGCAAAAAAUAUUCAUUAGCUACAAAUUUUGUGGUUCUCUUAAGUCAUCGUUAUGGAUCUCGACCAACACCGGCAAUAAUUCAUACAGAUCUAUUUGAAUUAUUACUUGAAAUUAUUCGCUCAAAUUCGAAUGAUGAUGCUCAACUACUUUCACAAUGGUAUCAACUUGAUACAAAUCGAAUACCGGCUGCUUAUAUACUUCGUCCGAUUUCAUCAUCAUUUCCAAAUAUAUUAUCUUCAAAUACAAAUGAAAUGAAACAAGCAGAAAAAGAUUGGGAAAAAAUUAAUAAUUAUAUUCGAACUUGUCUUCGACAAGCAGCAGCCAAAUGUUUUGAACAAAAACAAAUUGACAAAAACGAAUAUGAUAAUUUUUUCAUAUCGGUCACAGAAAAAGAAAUUCUCCAUGGAAUUCUAUCAGCAUCCGAUGCUAAUCAACGAACAUUAUGUUUUUUACGUGAAAUUGAAAAUAUUCAUGAUCAUAUAACGGAUAGUAAAGCAUCAAAAUUUAUUGAUUUACAAUAUUCAAAUGAUGGUCAACCGAAAGUUGAUAGUGAAGCAGAAAAUUUACUUAAUAAUCUAAAACAUAAACGUAUACCAAGUGUAUUACAAUCAUCGAAUAUCUAUUCAUAUAAAGUUCAUUGGACACCAAUGGGUAUCAAUCGAAAAGAUCAUAUUGAAUAUAUUACUCGAUUCAAUGAUGAUUUUUAUAAUGCAAUCAAACAACAAAUUGAUCAAUGUAUUCAAUCACGUAUUUUAAUCGAUUCUGAUUCAUUACAACAUGAAAUAUUGGAACAUGCAAUUCAAUGUAAAACAUAUGUUGCAAAAUUUCAUGGUCGAAUUGAUGUUCUUAAUCGAGUAUUGAAAUGGUGGUCUGAUCGAUCUUUCUCAGUGAUUCUACGUUUUCUUGGAACAACACGUUCUUCAUCAACAAUUCGUAAAACACUUCUUUCAAUAUCUCAACAAAUUUGUAAAUUAUACAAUUUAUCAAUGGAUAUCUGUCCAGAUAUACUUCAAUUACGACAUCAAUUAGAAACAAAUCUAUUUUUGAAAAUACCUGAAAAUGAAUAUCUUAUCAUAUUACUUGAUUCAAUCGAUCAACUUGAAACAGAUGCAUAUGAUUGUCAAUGGUUACCAAAAAUUUUUCCAAAAAAUAUCAAAUGUAUCAUUUCAACUUUACCUGAUCAUGGUAAUAUACUUUCGAAUUUGAAAAUAAUUAUCAAUUAUGAUCUAUCAUUGAUUGAAAAUACACAACAUUUACUUGUUUUUAUACCACCAUUCGAAGCAUCAACAGUUGAUAUUGUUUUUAAUGAUUGGCUUCAGACGAAACAACGUUCAUUAAGUAAUGAACAACGUUUAUUUAUUCGUCAAUUAAUGGAAGAUAGAACAGAAAUUUUACCUUUAUUUAUGAAACUCAUUUUUGAUAUUAUAUCAACAUGGCAUUCGUACGAUCCAAUAGAUGAUCAGUUAAAAAAAUUACGUCAUGUCGACGAUUGUAUUUGUUAUUUAUUUAAUCAUUUACAAAAAAAACAUAAUAGUACAUUAUUUCAUCGUGCUCUUUGUUAUAUGACAGCAUGUCGUAGUGGAAUUAGUCAAAAUGAAUUAGAAGAUGUCCUUUCACUUGAUAAUGAUGUUCUCAAAAGUGUUUUUCAACAUUAUAUACCACCUGUACAACGUUUACCUGGUAUUUUAUGGACAAGAAUUCGCAAUGAUCUCGAUGAAUAUAUAACAGAAAAGGAAAUUGAUGAUUCUUCUGUUAUCUAUUGGUAUCAUCGUCGUUUUAUUGAAGUUGUCAAUACACAAUAUAUUUCAAAAUUAUCUGUUGAUGAAAGAAAAAUUAUCUUUGGUAAUAUGGUGGAUUUAUACAAAGAAACAUGGAAAGGAAAAAAUAAACCAAUUAAAAUUGAUGAUCCAAAAUUAGUCGACAAAUAUGACUUGAAAGAAUCGAAUGGUGAAAUUCAUGCAAAUCGAUUUAUAACAUCACAACCGAUUGAAUUUGUUGAUGUCAAUGGUCGUGUUCAAUUUAAUAAGAGAAAAUUAAAUGAAUUACCACAAUUUUUGAGUAAAUUAGCGCCUAGUUUAUCAAUUCCAAUUGCUGUCGAUGAAAUAUUUUUCAAUUAUUCAUUUAUGCGUGCCAAAAUUUUAUGUUCGGAUUUCGAUGAUAUUAUAACACUUUUCUACGAUUUUCAAGAAUUAUCAUCAUAUAAACUUUCAAAAGAAACGGUUGAUAUGAAAGGAGAAAUCAAAAUUUUAUUUUCAACAUUCAUGAUCUGUGGUCUUCUUAUUCAAGAAUAUCCGGACAAUUUUGCAUUUGAAAUUUCCUCACGUCUACUUCCUCUUAUGGGUAUAAAAGAAAAUAUCACACGUCUAGUUAAACAAUUCGAUGAACAACAUACUCAAUAUUGUGCACUAAUUGUACCUUAUUGUCAAAUGCGACCACCAGGUAGUGGUUUACUCUAUUCAAUGAAUAAACAUACAACAUCAGUUGUCGAUCUUGAUUUUACCGAUGAUCAACUGACAGCUAUUUCUUUAUCGGAUCGAAUUGUUGUAAUUAAUAUGACAUCAGGAAAUGCAGUAUUAGAUAUUAAUUUACCUAAUUUAAAUGAAUCAUAUUUAAAUUCAACAACAUUACCCAAAAUCUAUCAUUCGGAAAAAGAAAAUAAGAAGUCUACAAAUUCAAAUAAUGAAAAUACUCAAUUUCAACAAAUGCAUUUUUUAGUCAAUUCAUUCCAUCAUAUUUAUCUUGUUUCAGCACAUAAUGAUAUUAAAUUUGAACGAACAUCAAAAAUUGGCUUUCAUAUUGUUGAAUUUCUUGAUAUUAAACGUGGUCUUUGUAUAAUUGCAGAAAUUGAUAGUUACUAUAUUGAAUGUUGGGAUGUUGUACGAAAUCGUCUAUUUAGUCGAAUUGAAUUAUCUUCAUCAAAAAUUAAAAAUAUUCUUUGUACAAGUAUUUAUUCAAUGAUAAUUAUUGUUUGUCAAGAUGGAAAUAUACAUUUUUAUUCAAUAAAAGAUUGGACAAAAUCAUCAUUUAUUCAUUGUACUUCAAUUCAAGCUGGUCAACAUUUGAAUUUAGUUGCUAUCGAUGGACGUUUCUUAAUUUGUACAUUCGAUGCAAAUAUUUCCAAUGAUUUUGCUAUUAUUGAUUUAAAAUUAAUUCAUAAAACUGAACAAACUUUAAUCGAUAAUCAAAUUAUCAAAAUAUUAGUCACUUUUGAUCCUCCUAUUACACCUAGACCAAUAAAACAUCUCGUAUUACCAAACAAGGAAACGAUACAAUUCAAUAAGAAAAAUUCUAAUGCAUUACUUUUCACAGCUGUAACAAAUGAUGGUUUAUAUAUUGUUCAUUAUUGUAUAGCAGAAACUUUAUCAUAUGUACGCAUUGAUGGUCAUUAUGAUCUUGUUUCAAUGCAUGCAAAAAAAUCGACAGAUUCAUUGAUAUUUUUAUGUUCGAUGGAAAAUGGAGUCAUUCAUGCGUAUCAUGCUGGUCAAGCACGUCGAGCUUAUAAGAAAAUGCCACCAUUUCCACGUACAAACGAACCUAUCGAUACUGUUGAAUUGUUCAAUAGAAUAGCAGUUACACUUGAUAGAGAUAAACGAGAACUUUCUACAUGGUUAUAUCAACAUUCGACAUCGAUUGAAUCAACUCGUCAUUAUCAAGAUUCGAUAACUGUCAGUGAAUUCGCCAUGACAUUGAACAAGUUGGAUGAAACUAUGAUUUUAAUAGCCGUAAUUACGAAUAAUAAUUGGCUUGAAAUUUAUUCGUCGGCAUUUCUUCAUAAGAAACCUUUAUUUAGUCUUCAUCUUCAUUCACCAGCUAAAAUUCAUGGAAUGAUGAAUGGUACAUUUCUUCUAUUGAGAAAUACUGGUUCAUUAUGUUUGAUCGUUCAACAAAUGAAUGUUAAUGGUAAAAUUGAAUUCAAUCAAUCAAAUAAUGUUCAAUUAAAAAUCAAAUGUUCGAUGAUGUUCAGUUCACUAAUAACACUCAAUUUCACAGAAAAUCUCGUUGUAUUUGCUGAUAAUAGAAAAUCACUAGCAAUUUGGACAAUAAAUGAUAUUAUUUAUAUUGAUAUCGAUUUAUCAUCUGUAUUAUCAUCAUCAUCACGUUUGAUAAAUAUUACUAGUGAACGAACUCAAGAUUUGAUCUUAUUAUAUUUUGAUAACAAAUAUCUUCUUUCAUGUCAAAUUCAAUUAGAUCAAUCGAAAAAAAAUGGUUCCACUCAAAUAACAUCAUUGAAUCAAGUCGAUCAAUUUUGUUUGAAACAAAAUUGUUUAGCUGCGAUUGUAAAUAAGAAUAAUUUACUUCAUUUAUACUCGAUUCCUUUACAAGUUUAUCACAAAUCCAUUCAAUUAGAGAAUCAAUGUGAAUACAUGUGUUUAAAUGAAUCAGGCACUUAUGUUUUUACUGUUAUCAAAUCUCACACAUUGUACAUGUACAGAAUCAAUGAUCAACAACAAUUGGCCAAAUUAUUUCUCUAUGAUUUAGUUGCAUCGAUGAAAGCUGAUCAUGAUUUUCUUGUAUUAGCUAUGAAUGAUCGACGAUUAUUAACACUAAUGAUCGCUGAUCCAAUUGCUUCAAAUCUACAAGAAAAAAUUCAGACCUUACCGAGCAGAAUUCUUCAACGAACAGUGAAAUCUGCUACUGUAAAACUUGUCGAACAUAUUCAAACAUGUGCUGAUAUGAAUUCAAGCGAUGAAGAUGAUGAUGAUGGUGAUUUUGCUGCUGAUGAUGACAAUAAUGAAAAUGAUACUCAGACAACAAAGGAUGCCGUUAGAAAUCCUAUUCAAAAAACUGUACGACCCGUUACUUCGCUUCGUUUUGUUACUCGUCUGAAUGGACGACAUUCUCAAGCAAAAAUGAAUACCGCUAGUGGUACACUGUUAAAAUUCAUCGAAUUAUUGUCGAAAAAUGUAAACAGUAUCUGUAUCAAACAAUUAAUCAAUGAUUCGGGUGAAGAAAAUCAUAACGACGAUGAUGUUGAUAUGGACUCGCCUAUUGCAACAAAUGAACAUCAAUAUGUUGAAAAUGAUCUAAAUGAUAUUCGUCAAAAAACAUUCGAAUAUGAUCAACAACAACUGAAAGGAAUUCAUCUGGCAAAUGUGGGCAAUCAGAAUUUGAAAGUAAUCAAUAGUUACUCGGUUACAUCAAAUACGUGUAUUAUUAUUUGA